AUGUUUUCUCUGCAUAGUGUUUUGCUUAUUGCACUCGAUGUGGUAAAAGGACCGUACUUGCAUUGUCAUGCCCCUUUGAACCCUUUUUUGCCUGUCGCACAGGAGCCUACAUCAUCCACGCCUGCCAACACCACCACCCACUCGCGUGACAACAACAAAAACAGCCACGAGAAGGAAAACAUGAUUUGUUCUGGCGAUUCAGGCAGCAAGCGCAAGAUGAGGCAUGAUAGUAGUUGUAAAUGCGAUGCAUCAUCGUACAGGACAACCUCAGCGGAUAGACUUGGGGGCUUUAGUGAUGUAUUUGUGCCGAGGUCAGAGUUUUGCCGUCGUGUCAUGUAUCUUAUGGAGGCGGAGUCUGGUCUCUUGUAUCUCUUUUACCCGGAGGAAAUUGCAGGGUUGCACUAUCAGCGUAAGACGCUGCGGUACACGUUGUGCUUUGUCUUUCGUGUAGAUGUGGAGCUUGUCACGCCAAGCUUGAGUCUGACAGAGCGGCUCAUACAACCGUACAGUGUUGUACUGACCGGCAUCAUGGAGGAGCUGCGGAAAACAGAGGUGGCAUAUGGUUACAUCUCCAUGGGCCUUGCGCGAGUCACUUCCCAUCAUCCCUCCGUUGUUUUACCACGUCACUUUUCACGUGAGAGGGAGCCGUCAACAACGAUGGCAAUGACGAUGACGACAGCUGAUUCCGAAACCCAACCUCCACGUGUGGACGUCCAUGCUGCCAGUGGCGAGAACGUUGCCGCUGCUGCUUCCGUGAACACAACGGGAGUCCCCGCUACUGUCGCUCAGGUAGCUUCGUCAUCUGUCACGAAUGAAGAUUCGGUCCACACAAGUAGCAAGGGGACGAGCCGAGUAAAUGUGUUCUUAACGCCCCUGCAGGAUCCAGCAUCGUUGCAGUGGACCCCGCUGGAGGAGAUGAUCGCGACCCUCUACGCCUGCCUCAGCCGUGAAGAACGACAGGAGACGCCAAGAAUAAGACGGACUCCCAGAAAAGGGGAGACUCCAGGAGCGCAUGAAAACGGGUUGCACACGACGAUUAAGGACGAAGAGGAACAACAACAACAACAACAACAACAACAACAAGAGGAAGAAUUGUGUCCGCCGGUGGAGGAGCGUAAGGUAACUGUGCGGCUAUCCCAGACGCAUUCCUAUCACGUUUGCCGCAUGAUCCAACCGUACGUCUUACGGUAUCACACACUGGAUGAGGUGCCUAUUCCCAUUGUGGAGUACACGGCAGAGAUGUUAGAGUGGGCGGACUUGGCUAUUCAGGACGUCUACAAGGCAGUAGAUGGCUACCGUACCAUUGCAAGCAUUGUGCAGCUUCUCGCGGUGGGGCAUGAGCCGCCUGGAGAGGAGACACAAAAAGAAUCCCGUGUCCUGUCGCCGCUGAGCAGUCCACAUCCGCCGGCGUCAUCCCUCGCUGCAGCGGCGUGGGCAUUGUCGCCUCGUGUCAAAAAUGCAGCAGGAUGUUCUUUUGCGAGUCCAAAUUUGCGCGGUACAAGCGCGGCACUGCCGUCCGUGAUUGGUAUUCUCUCCUCCACCCACGGUACCGAAACGCGCGUACCCUCUCCGCUUUCACAGGAGUCGCGCUCCGGCAUGAGUCCAGUUGUGACGGUAUCAAAGGGACCAACGUCAUCGGUCACGUUUCUUGUACCUCACGAACGGAGUGCGGAUGAGGUGGGGAUAGGCAGCCAUGAAGGGGGGCAGCACUGGUAUGGUGAAUUGGAGUUUAUCGUACUGGAGGCACUGCAGCAUCUUGAGUUGCACAACCACGUAAGAAUUGUGCGUCCAUGUCAGCUCAACAGCAAAUAUAAUACGACAAGAGCCUUUUACUCGGUGGUAAGCAAUUGGAAACAUGCCUCACGUCGCAUCAUUGGCCAACGCAUGUUACUAGUUGAGGAAGAGUUUUAUCGUCUUCGAAAAAAGCAGCCGCAUACGCAACAAGAGAGGCAGCUGAUGCAUCGAAGACGACAGCACGAGUCAAAGAGUGGAGUAAGCAGCGGAUUUGGUGAUUCCCCCAGUGAGACAUACGCCCUGACAUUACCAGCCGUAUUAUUAGCCAAAGCCGCGCUUGACUGGCAGGAGAAGAAGAGGGAUGAAGACGAAAAAGAGGAGAAGGAGGAGGGGGAUACUGGGCCGGCUCAUUUGGCAGCUGUAGAACAAAGCCCGAACACUUUUUCUUGGUCAGGGGUGGUGCCUACGCCAAAUGAUACAUUAAAAGAGACUACGAUUGAAUUGGAAGAUGCUCCGGCCAUUGGGAUGGCACACAGUGAAUCAGAUAUAAAUGCUGCAGCCGCAGCGGCACUCUGUGCCAUUGGCAAAUUCACGAAUAACACCGUGGCUAAUGUUCAGUGGGAAAUGCGCCGCAUUCCUGGGUGGUCCACUGCCUUCGCAUCCUGGGAGGAGAUGUGCUGCAAGGCACUGGUGGAGAUUGCGUUGCUUAAUGACUGGCUGGUGGAGGUCGGAAGGCCUCCCACAUCCUACUCGUAG